AUGUCUAACCUUCAGAUCCCCAAUCUCUUCUCCGUCCAAGGACUCGUCGCCGUCAUCACCGGCGGAGGAAGCGGUCUCGGCCGCACAGCUGCCCACGCCCUCACAGAGAACGGGGCUGCCAAAGUGUUCAUCCUUGGUCGACGCGCCGAAGCCCUGCACGAAACCGCCAAGCAGGCCCCCCAGACAAUCAUCCCCGUCCAAGCGGACAUCACAUCCAAAGAGUCGCUGACGGCAGCGUACGAGACCAUCUCCGCGCAGACCACCCACGUCGACCUCCUCUUCGCUAACAGCGGCACGAUCGGCCCGCGGGCGACCCCGCCCACGCCGCCGGCGACGCUCACCGACCUGCGCGAGCAGCUGUGGGCCAUCGAUCCGCAGGAGUUCACCCGCACGUUCGACAUCAACGUCACGGGCUCGUACUAUACCGUGCUGGCGUUCUUGCCGCUGCUCGAGGCGGCGAAUAAGCGGCGGCCGGCGCCUGUUAAAAACCGCGUGUCGGCGCCGACGGCGCAGGUGGUCAUUACGAGCUCGAUUGCCGGGUUUAUCCGGAAGGUGCCGUUUAGCGUGUCUUAUAAUCUGUCCAAGUCGACGGUGAACCAGUUGGUGAAGGUGUUGGCGACUACGCUGGCGCCGUUUGAUAUCCGGGUGAAUGGGAUCGCGCCGGGUUUGUAUCGGUCGGAUAUGUCAGCGGGGAAUUUCCCCGAGGAUGAUAAGGGGGUGUCGGAUGGGUCGUUUAGUCGGGAGAUGAUCCCGUUGACUAGGGCUGGUGGGGAGGAGGACUUCGCGUCGUUGAUUCUGUGGUUGGCGGGUCCGUCCGGGGCAUACUUGAAUGGGAACAUCACGGUGACGGAUGGGGGACGGAUGGCUAUGCAGCCGAAUACUUAUUAG